AUGUUCGACAACAGUCAGCAACACACAGGACAAUCAGCUGUCGAGCAGCAAGCGGCGGAGGAUGUUCAGAAUAACAUGAUGGAAACGGAAAUGUCGCCAGAUGUCAAUGGAGAGAACAACAUUUCGUUGCGUCUGAAAAAUAUCUUUGGAUCGGUGCUGAGGUCCGAAACUGUUAUUCAAGUUUUCGGACCCUAUGUCGCCGCUGCCACCCAAUCCAGAGAAACGCAGGCUCAAAUGUGUGUGCGCAAGUUCCACGAGCUCUACGAAAGCCUUCCCGAGUUCGACCCUGCCGAUCCAAACAAGCUCUCUCCAGAACGCGCUGAAGUCAUCAAGUGGCUGUGCGACUACAUCUACAGUCUUUCCUCCCCUCGCUAUGUCACACUCAUUUUCUACAUUUUGACGAUGAUGGUGAAAAACGGCUCUUUCCGAUCGAGCCAGAACCAGUACUCGGAUUUGGGAUUGAAGGAACUCUCGGAGCAGCUUUUUGAAAGCGACGAACUUUCGAUAAAAAGACCUUAUCACUGGACUGCAGUUUUUAAUUUGAUCGGAGAAAUUGUCGAAGUCGUCAAUUACAAGGCUAUACAGAGGAUAUUAAUUAUCAUCGUUAACAAGCUUCCGCGAAUUCCAGCCAACCAUACAGUCAACAGAAAAGCAAUACAGGCACACGCCCGAGUGAUGAAUCGCCUCCUAGACCGAGACGCUAAUCUCCUGCCUGCGUACAUGUCCCUCAAUGAUAUACGUCGCCUUCAUACACAAAAAGAUGCUCCUCCUCCUUGUUGGACCUUGAGUCAAAAUAUCUCCAAGCUAGAAGCGUCGUUUCGUCCGCUAGCGGCGAUGAUCACCAUCCAAGCUAAAAACAGUCUUCUUCCAAUGGUGCGAUACAAUCAUUCCAAGCUCAAGUUUACAUGCAAGAAUUCGGGAAAGUUCUGGAACUUCUGGUACGUCCACCCGGAGAAAUUCACUUGGGAAUCGACCGACAACGUCAAGAUCCCCUUCCAUCCUUCGCAGUAUGAGCAGCAAUAUCGCCUCCUUUACUACGUUCUCUCGCAUCGUUACUCGUACGAAAUGCUCUUGACAAUCAUGUCGAUGAGCACUGGUCCGACAACGACGCCGGUGAAGAAUAAUCUCGCCUCUUUUAUCGUCAAAUACUUGAUGGACAUCAUCACUUCCAAUUCCGAAAACGAGGAGGGAAGAAGAGUCAUUUGGCAGCACCUCCAAGUUCCGAUCAUUCAAAUGCUCGUGCACAAGCACAUCAAUCUUGGAGAGAUUCUAAGGGCAUUGACUGCCGAAAUUAAGAAGAAGGGAAAACCAGGAAAAGUGACGCAGGAACAGAUUGUUCGAAACAGGGACUCAAUCAUGUGGCUUUUGCUACAGUACAUGUCCGCUGUUAUGGCAGCUAUGAUAAGCGAGGCAAACAACCAAUUCAUCGAGUUAUUCAACGAGUUAUACAGCGAUGUGCUCUUCUCGUCCCUCGACAGUCCAGAGCCAAACUCUCCUGACUUCAUUCAGCGAUACUCGGCCUUGUGCAUCUUCCUUCAUUUCCAGCGCGCAGCAGUGGACAAAGGCGAGUUAGGAGCCGUCCAAAUCCCCCGCUGCUUAAUGGCUCAGAAAGAGAAACUGAAAGAAAUCGAAUCACAUGUGGCCGGGUUGAACUUCUCCAGCGAUUACCGUCUUUUGCUUCUGAUCAAUGUCUUCUCCGUCCUCUCCUCCCCCUUUGACCGCGUCAUGGCAUGUCUUACGGGUGAGGGAGUCGUAGAAAUGCCCGGAUCGACCCCAGCUGCGCCUGUUCAAGCGCACGGAGCGAUAAAGCCGAUGUCAGUCGACAUGCUCGAUCGAAUCACCAUGCAUGGAAAACUUGAGUUCUCGCGCAAAAUCCUCUCUCAGCUGUUUCAAGAGUCGCGCUCGCAGGAAAUCCACCCUUCUCCGGCCCUUGUGAACACCUACACGCGCUUUCUAGUUUACACGGAGACAGAAGGGCUGAUUUUCCGGCCACUAACUGCUGAAAGAAUCAAGUCCAAACCAACUAUGAACCCACUACCGUCCUUGAACGAGUGCAUUCAAAGCGGGCACCUGCCGCAGCUGCACAUUACCGUCGAAAUUUUACGCUACAGAUUACAUCACGUAGACAUCGGUAGCGUCCAUCAAGCCCACUCGAUUUUGCUCAACUGUCUCAACACAAUGAACAACUUCCAAAUGGUCAGCUCCAUUCGCGACUUGUGCUUUCACUUGAUCCAGCGCAUUUUCACCACGAACCCGCAUGGGAGAGAACUGUGGGCCAUUCAAUUGUGUAAUCAGCCUGAGCAAAUUGUCUCCGACUGUGAAGAACUCAACAAGUGCUUGAUAAUGGCCGUCGCGAAUGGGUCGAAAGUGGCAAUGGCUGAUCAAGCUGGGCAAUCGACGCAGCUUUCGUACGACAAAUUCCUGGAAGACAUUCUUCGACGAACACCCCUGACGCUCCCGUAUCAGACUCUUAGGAGACUGCCGGAUACAAUGAGAAUGUACCUAGAGCAGCACCAGCAAAGCAACGCGAUCCCAAACCUAGCUCAAGUCGUGCAAAACGAAAGAAUGCACUUUCAAAAUAUGAUGGCGAAUAAUCAAAACGAAUCAGAAAUGAUCCAACGAUUCGUCGAUCCCAACGCAACGCCCGUCUUUCUUUGCAUUAUUUGGAAGCUGCUGGAGCCAAUGUGGACUCAAGCAUCGACCACGAAACUUCCUGCAAUUUUCUACAGAAUUCUACAGGCGAUGGAGCCCAAGACAUUUAGGAAUCAACUGAGAACAUUUACCGAUUUCAUCGUUGAAGAAAUCAGCAGAAACCAGGACGAAGUGCACAAAUACAUUCAGUAUCUUCUGCAUCUUAUUUGGGACCAGCACGUGAUUCCGUUCGAUCAGUUCAUCCAUGUGCUGGUUCUUCGACCGUGCGACUCGCCAGACACUCUCAUUGUUGCGCAACUGCUAAUGCUCAAUGACAAGGCAGACGGGGGAGAGAAUCCUUUUCUCCAGCGAGUGCAGUUUUUGCAAAACACCUUUCCAACCGACCAUUUCAAUCACGAAGAUCAAUUUAGAUAUCACUUGAACUACCACCACCAGUUUCCCGAAUCGUUCAACUUCGAAAUCCUCGCGUCAAAAGUUCAACAGCCUCAAGAACCAAUCGUAAAACCUCUGCCAGUCUAUUUCGGAAAUGUUUGCUUCCGAAUGCUCCCCGUCAUCGACCUCUUCAUCCAUCGAUAUCUUGAAAUGGAGCUAGCAGAGAUCGAAACCAAUCCUGAAUGCUUAGAGACUAUUCUCGACCGAUUCGUGUCUCUUUACAGAUUCCAUCACCAGCCACUCACCUUUGUCUACCAGACACUGUACUGCUUCACGCAACUGCCAGCAGCGAAAAAGCGCCUCCUCGCAGUGAAAAUCAUACGAGAAUUCGACUCAGUCCGCCCGGCGUACUGGGCUCUGAGUGAGAAAUACUUGGCCAUUCCGGAGGAAAACUUCCGUCCAGAAGCUAACUGGGUUCCCGACGAAGAUUAUUGGAUGCAUCUUCUUGGUCGUCUGGUCAUGCGAGUUGAUGCAAUCGGCCCUGACAGGGAGUUCGACUCGCUGAAUCUUGACUGGCGAUACAUGGAGUUUACUAACUCUGUGAAUUUGACGGUAUUCGCCAGUUGUAUAGAAGUGAUGACGCUGCCCUGCUCGAUUCAAAAGGUCACGCAGAGCUUGAUUGAUCUUAUUGUCAAGCCAGACUCACCUAUUCCCGUUGAAGAUAUUCCAAAGUGGUUCAAUGCGUUUGGAAUGAUCAUCGCGCAUUUGCCCUACGAAUACUCCAAAGUCGUGAAUCAAGCAAUAAUAACAGCUCUCAACUCGCCCGAAAUUCUUCAAAUUCCGCACCAACUUCCUGACGGCGUUUACCCCUCUCAAUUUUUCUCCUUCUCCCCGGAGGAGCAGCGCGAGUCGGACAAUUAUUUAGCGAGAAUGAUCACGUGUGUGCACGCCUGCUGGUCCCACAUGGCGAUUAUACAGUUGACGCCGUUGCACAAAUUCUUAGAGAACGAGGUUCGGCCAAUUCUAAGAACUGAGACGCAGCUUCUUUUCAUUCUACACUUGAUCAGCCCGUUCUUAUCGCGCCUGGAAAAAGAGAGAACGCGCAUUUUGUCAGAAGUCGUUGUUGAACUUUACCAGCUGAUCCAUCAAAUCGGGCAACAGGUCGAGCUAACUCAUGUGGACGCCAUUGCGGAUCUGCUCUACCACAUAAAAUACAAAUACAUUGGUGAAUUCGGCCAUUCAAAUACAUUGAAGGAAAAAGUGCGCGAAUUCAUUCGCCACUUCCCCGAAAAACUUCGCGAUCGAUUAAAGUUCAUGUACACGCAUCGUUCUGGGCGAAACCCGAACGAAUAA